UUGAGUUUUUUGACGACUCAUCCAGCCGUGGGGGUUUUACCACUUCCUGUUUCCUCCCACUGUAAAAGCCAACAUGCGACUAUAUUUUGCAAAAUAUACUACAUGAUAUUGUUUCAAAAUUCUCACAACUUCUGUCAUCAGUUGGGUGCCGUCAUGCCUGAUCAGCUGUACAGAAAGAAGUUCACAGUUGUACCAUCACUGUGGAAUAUUGACUGAAUCAACUCAACUUCCUUCUUUCUCAAACAUGUAUAUUCCAAACAUCCUAUUGGGCAACUGUAGAUUAUUACUCUGCCACAUCACCAGUCAUCAAUACAGUGUGUACAGAUUAUAAAGACAUGUUCCCACAAGGAGUGACAAAGGAGAGGGAAGCUGUACUUCCCAUGGCCACUCCUUCUCUUACAGGCUCCUCGAUAAAGCAGGUAAAGAGGCUGCUGCUGAUCAUUUAGAAACUACAGGUAUCUGUGUGCAGAGGUAUGGCCCAAACAGGUAUGCAAACAAAUAUUCUAUUUAUACAAUGUCAUAAAAAUAUAAUCAUCAUAAUUGAAGUCCACAGUUUGAAUUUUCUUUACCUUGUGUAUGCUUUUUUUUUUACUCAAGAUUGUGUUUCAGUUGUUUCAAGGGAGCAGUGGGGAGCAGCUUCUCCUAAAAGCAAGGAGACUUUGAAAGGCUCAGCUAAAAGAGUCGUUAUACACCACACAGCCCUGCCAAGCUGCAACGGCCUGCAAGAGUGUAAGGCCCGUCUUGUCAGCAUUCAGAGGGGGCAUAUGACAGACAAAAAAUUUGAUGAUAUUGGAUAUAAUUUCCUUGUCGGAGGUGACGGCACAGUGUUCGAAGGCCGUGGCUGGGGUGUGGUAGGAGCACAUGCCAAAGGCAACAAUCAUGACUCACUGGGGAUUGCCUUCAUGGGCAAUUUCAACAAUGAUACUCCAAGCACAGAGGCAAUCAUGUCAGUCAAACAGCUGCUGAAGAAUGGAGUUGCGCAGGGGAACUUGCAGAAGGACUAUGUCCUGUUAGGGCACCGAGAUCUGGGUUCAACAGAAUGUCCAGGGGGCAAACUGUAUGCAGCUCUAUCACAACUGAGUUGUGCCGAAUAAAUCUCACCUCACAGAGAGAUACAACCAAUGACAGGUGAUGUCACAACCUUCAAUUAAUUGUUUUCAUUCCACAUUGUUUUAUCCAGGAGAUUCUCAUUACAAAAACAAAAACAAAAAAAUGCAGUAAGUCAAGCAAGUUUUACUACCUGACAGUCAGAUCUGUGCAUACAGGAGGACUCUUUAGAGACCAGUAGCUGUUUAGAGUUUAAAAACUGAAGCACUGUCAUGGUAGUAUUGAUUUUUCUCUAAACUAUAACAAAUCUUAUUUGUAUGCUAAUUUUUAGAUUAAAAGUGCAACAAUAUUAUGGUUAGUAACCUAGCUUAUUGUAUGCAUUGGUAUGCAACCUACAAGUACUUGAUGUUUUAAGUGAUAUAUGAUGAAUAUCUAUAUGUAUUAAACCUGUUGUAAUGAUAUACCCACACCCUUCUGGAAAUAAAUGUUAUCAGAAAAUG